AUGUGCCUUGUUGGGUACUCCGAUACUAAUAUAGGCAGAGAUGAAGAUGAACGAAGGUCAACUUCAGGUUAUGCCUUCUUGCUAAACAAUGGCACUAUGUGUUGGAGCAACAAGAAGCAAACGUGUAUUGCCUUACAUUCAAUAGAAGCUGAGUUUGUGGCAUGUGCCACAAUAGUGCAAGAAGCUUUAUGGCUGAAAAGGUUUAUAGAACACCUUGGAUUUAGAGACAGGAGUACCAAUACGGUAUUAGUACACUGUGAGAAUACUGCAACCAUAGUCUAUACCAAAGAUCCUAAGUAUCACAGCAAGACCAAGCAUAUUGACAUCAAGGUUUGGCACUCUCACAGGGGAAAAAAGUUCAAUGCCAUCUGCCACUUUUUUGGUUACCAAGCCCGAGGUUCUCUGCCAUCAAAAUUUGAUUGUGACUAUGCAUAUGUUCUUGGACACAUCUGCUACCAUAUACUUGCAGCUGGUCUAAAUGGCUACAUGGCAACUGUUACCAACCUGAAGAAUCCUGUAAACAAGUGGCGCUGUGGGGCUGCUCCAAUCACAGCUAUGAUGACGGUGAAGCGUUGGUCGCCAAAUCCUGGAGCUGUAUCAAUUGGAAAACCUGCUAUUCAUCCAGCCAAUGUUGACUUGAGAGGCAAAGCAUACGAGCUGUUGCUGCAGAACACAUCAAGAUUUCUUAUGGAUGAUAUCUAUAGAAAUCCAGGUCCACUUCAGUUUGAUGGUCCUGGUGCAGAUGCCAAGGCUAUCGCUCUAUGCGUUGAAGAUAUGGACUAUAUGGGCCACGUUAAGAAACUUCAGGAGUACCUUGACAAGGUUCGUACUAUUGUAAAGCCUGGAUGCCCUCAGGAUGUUUUGAAAGCAGCUCUUAGUGUGAUGUCUUCUGUUACAGAUGUUCUAACCACUAUGUCUCAAUCUUCUGUAAACAGCAUGGCAUGACCCUUCAUGAGUAGUAUAUGCACGAUGUAUUUUCUCUGAAAAUUUUCCAGCAUAAUUGCCUUACCUCUUUUAUUUUAUUAUGUUUUUAUAUUAGGCCUAGAGGUUGGUGGUAAUAAAGAUUUAGAUCUGAUACAUUGGGUGCAUUUCAAUGUCAAAGUUUUGAAUUCUUUCGGUACUUGUAAGCGGGAUCCUAGACCUAAGAGUUCCGUGUGGCAUUUUUUGGAAAUUUGGUUUAGCUUGGUGACUCUGAUUA